AUGGAGUCAGUCCUUGGUCCAGACUACGACAACAGCCACCGAGCAUUCCUCCAAGCCCUCCUCGCUCACAGCACGCUCACGUUCGAAGAAGCACAACCAAUCCUGGCUGCCAUCUUCAACGCCGCCGGGUUCCACGAAUCAGUUGUCCGGCCAGAGCAAAUCACUGAAGAUGAAUUCAAGAGAUACAUCGACGUAGCCUCUGACGCCGCCUCCCUCUUUGACUAUGAAGUGCGCAGCAUCACCCACCAAGUCACCAAGCACCGGGUGUACGCACUCGUAAACACCCAGUCCGACCCCCAGACACAGCUAGCCACGACAUACAGCCCCGAAGAACUAGCCUUUAUCAAACGUGUCCUUGACGGCAUGUUUGACAAGUACAACACGCCGCGGAUGGAGGUGUUGGCCAUUACGGAAAUGCAGGCCAUCAAAUUUGCCAGACCACCCAACCGUCGGCAGAGCCACCUGAGCCCCGAGGACUCGACGGAAACGCAGGCGCAAUCAGCUGCAGCAGACAGAGGCCUUAAACACAGUGAGGUGGAAGCCGUCAUGAGGAGUCUCGUCGAGGGAGGGUGGUUUGAGAAGAGCCAGGACGGGUUCUACGCAGUCACUCCACGAGCGUUGCUUGAGCUACGUCCCUGGCUGGUGGAGACGUAUAACGACCCCGAUGCUGAGGCAAAUGAGUGGCAGCGCAUCAAGUUCUGUGAGGCGUGCAAGGAUAUUGUCACCAUCGGGCUGCGGUGUUCCCAGCCCAAUUGCACUUUGAGACUACACGACAUGUGCCAGGAUGCAUUUUGGCGGGCUCGGAGAUCGAAGAAUUGUCCCAAGUGUCAGAAGGAGUGGACGGGAGACCGGUACAUUGGCGAGAGGGCAGUGACCAUGACGGAGGCAUAUCAGAGGGGGAGGAGAAGGAGUGGUGGGAGGAAGAGCACGUUGGCCGAUGAUGUUAUCCAGCAGGAGGGGAUGGAGGAGGACGUGGAGGACGAGGAGGACGAGGAUGAUGAGACGUGA